UGCAUGGUAUGACCCAUUUAAUCCUUUCUCCCAUCUCUUCCUAGUUCCUAUAUAUAUAAUUAACCUCUAUGACCCUAGAACCAAAUUAAAAUACAAACACAAAUAAUUACAUCCUUCAUAAUAUUUUCUGCUACCGAACAUUUCAAGCACCGCACAUUUAGGUUAUUACGUGAUCAAUGGCAAGUACAAACAUCUCUACAAUUGAUGAACUGCAUGUGACUCAAGGAGAACCGAUUCGAGUUCAACCCGCGGAAGAAACAGAAAAGGGACUCUACUUUCUUUCAAACCUUGACCAAAAUAUUGCAGUUCCAAUGCGCACAAUUUAUUGCUUUAAAUCAGAAUCUAGAGGAAAUGAAGAAGCUGCACAUGUGAUCAAGGAUGCUUUGUCAAAGAUUCUUGUCCCUUAUUACCCUAUGGCAGGAAAGUUGAUUAUAAGCACAGAAGGGAAGUUGAUAGUGGAUAACACUGGGGAAGGUGCAGUUUUUGUUGAAGCUGAAUCAGAUUGUGAUAUAGAUAAAGUUGGCGACUUAACAAAACCAGACCCUCAUAGGCUUGGGAAAUUGGUUUAUGAUACCCCAGGUGCUAAGAACAUAUUAGAGAUGCCUCUUAUGACAGUUCAGGUGACAAAGUUCAAAUGUGGAGGAUUCACAUUGGGACUGAACAUGAUCCAUUGCAUGAAAGAUGGACUAUGUGCUAUGGAGUUUGUGAAUGCAUGGGCUGAAACAGCUAGAGGUUUAGACUUAAAGACUCCACCAUUUCUUGAUAGAACCAUACUCAAAUCACGUGAUCCUCCCAAAGUAGAGUUCCAACACCAUGAAUUUGAUGAAAUUGAAGAUUUAUCAAACACAGAAAAAAUCUACGAAGGAGAAAACAUUAUCCACAAAUCCUUCCUUUUUAAUCCUGAGAAGCUUGAUUCACUCAAGAAAAAAGCCACCGAAGACGGAGUUUUGAAAAAAUGUUCAACUUUUGAAGCACUCUCAGCUUUUGUAUGGAGAACUAGAACUUCAGCUUUAAAAAUGCAUCCUAAUCAACAAACAAAGUUACUCUUUGCAGUUGAUGGAAGGCCAAGAUUCAUUCCCCCAAUUCCAAAGGGAUAUUUUGGUAAUGCUAUUGUGCUAACAAAUUCUUUGUGUAAAGCAAAUGAACUAUUGGAGAAUCCUUUUUCAUUUUCAGUUGGCUUGGUUCACAAGGCAAUUGAUAUGGUUACAGAUAGUUAUAUGAGAUCUGCUAUUGAUUAUUUUGAAGUUACAAGAGCUAGGCCUUCUUUAACAGGCACACUUUUGAUUACAACUUGGACUAAAUUGUCUUUUGACACUACUGAUUUUGGUUGGGGUGAACCUCUAUGUUCUGGUCCUGUUACAUUGCCAAAUACAGAAGUUAUUUUGUUCUUGUCACAUGGUCAAGGAAGGAAAGGUAUAAGUGUGCUACUUGGCUUGCCUGCUUCUGCUAUGGAACGUUUUGAAGAAUUGGUGAUGAUCGAAUGAAACUUCUAUAUUCAUAUACUAUACUGCAUUACAUAUAUACCUACAUUCUAUCAUUUAUGUGUAAAUGGCUUGCUGAGCUAUUGAAAUUUUUUCUUAUAUUUGUGCUAAAUGUGUUAAGUAUAUAUAAUAAAUUUUAUGUAAUGUUACAUUUGUUUCGUACUA